AUGUCCGACCAUCACGUGCUGCCAGUGCCAUGUCAAAAGGCGACGAAACAUGUGUGGAGCACUGCCCCUCACAACUUUCUCAAAUCCUACUACCAGAUUAUCGUGCUGGCCCCUCAAGAUAACCCAAGGAUAUAUCGUCACGAUACGCACGCGGCUCUCCUAAUACAAGUACUGGCUGUAUAUAUGCCCUCUAAAGGACUGUGCACUAUCCUUCCCAGUAUGCCCAGCUUGUCCAGAGCUUACGACAGAGUGUCCAAUGCUAUAUUCAAGAGCAAAGACUGGCUAACGAGCGACAGCGCAAAAGACACAGACAUAGUGUUGAUUGGCGUUGAUCUAGACAUCCUGAGCGGGAUUACAACAAACGGAGCACGACCUCACCUUAUGCUUGCUGCUUUUGACCGCCGCAGCGACCUCCAGUACGAAGAUGACUUCCUUUGCUCAAGUCUACACGGGAGUUCCCUUGGCUUGGAAGAACAUCAGCUUGAGUAUCAGCUUGAGCAUCUCACCCUUGUCGUAAGCAGGCUAGAUGUGCCUGAGGUUCUGGGGCAGGACUUUUGUUACUUGUUCUCUAGUAGGGAGCAAGGAUAUAAACAAAGUGUUGCUGUUGGAGAGAUCCAGAGAAAAAGAUUCGAACUUUAUGCUCGCAGGACAUCUGUUGAUGGUCCAAUUACUCAGAUUCAAAAUAUUUGA